AUGAAAAGAUAUAUGUUUAUUAUUUUACUUUUCAGUUUAUUUCUUUUAAAUGAUUUGUUAAAUGGGUUACCAAUUUUACCAAAUGAACAUUUAAGAUUACGACAAGACUUUAUGAAACACCAUGAAAAAUUUAACAAACGUCGGUUUGGAGAAAAUCAUCCACCAUCGACUGGAACUACUGAGAGCGACGAUACAUUUGUCCCCAGUGCCCCAGAAUGA